AUGUCGCUGCUGCUUGUGCUUUGUUCACCGACAGUCACAUUGACAUAUGUUACCUUACAUACUGAUCGUGUGUGGUGGCGAGUUUAUAGUGACUUCUUCAGAACAAAUGGUUCCAGUCGAAUAACAUCUUCUAGACGUCGAAGUUGCUCGCAACUACGCAUCCAAGUUAUGACCGGCUACGAUGUGCCGGGAUGUUUUUUUCCAUAGACACUGCUUCAUUGUGUUGUUGAUGAUUUAGUUGUUGUCUCCUUGAUCUGUGAUUAGUUUUAAUAUCAGCCUUCAUUUUGAUGUAGCUUACCAGCUGUUUAGAGGCUCAGGUGAACCUCGCUACAUUGUACUGUCC